UUGAAUCGUAGCCAAAAGCUUUACCUGCAAGCAGAUGGACAUUGAUUAUAUUGAGGAGGAAUACCUUCAGCCGGUGAAUGGCAUUGUUCAGCCGCCGGUUGUGCCGCCGCCCGGUAAACUGGGACGACGAACCAAUGUGCUGGACUGCUUUAAGUCGGUGUUGGGCCAUUUGCUGAAUGGUAGUUGGUCAUUCCACUUCCGGUAUCCGGUGGAUGCAGUCGCCCUCUGCAUACCAGACUACCACGAUCUGAUCAGGCAUCCGAUGGACCUGAACACGAUACGGCAGCGAUUGCACAACAAUUACUAUUGGGAUGGCAACGAGGCGCUGCUCGACUUUGAGCUGAUCUUCGACAACUGCAUGCUCUACAAUCCGAAGGGGUCGCCAGUCCAAUUGGCCGGCAAGGAGCUGAAGGGGGUGUUCUACGAUCACCUGACUAAGAUCGACAUGUGCAACGAAAUCGAGAUAAAGAAACGCAAAAAGAAGUCGAAGCAUCUCGAUCAGAACCAGCCCAAAAAGUCAACGCAGUAUUUUGAGCCACAAGUGCAAUGCGAAAUCCCAAUAAACUGUGAAUCCGAACACGAAGUUCUAGUCGAAGUUAAAUAUGAGCCCGUCAUCGAACCCGAAGUCAAACCCCAAGUGGCAUUCGAAGUUGAAGUCGAAGCGGAAGCCGAAGCCGAAAUCGAGGAUGAGUCGAUGUCGAUACUGGACAUGGAGCCCGAUAAAUUGGAGGUUAGUUCGCGAGUUUUGCUCGACUGGCAGAACUAUUUGAUCGAGAAGCAUCACAGCGAGCGUCUGCUAAAAUCGCUGACCAAACGGAAACUCUUUCACCUCAACUGGGUGUUCAACAGUUGCGAUUUGUGGCGUCGCUUUGCCAGGAAUCCCAACUAUGAUCAUGAUCGCGUGGAGCAACUGGAUUGGGCGAUCCUAAAAGAUCGACUCGAUCGUGAUCAGUUCAAUAGUUUCGAUGAUUUCGUUGAGACGAUUCGAGUAAUGCUGCAGAAUGCUUUGACUUGUUUUCCGAUUGUAAAAACCGUCGUUGACUCGGUGUUUGGCCUCAACGAAUUUAUUGAGUCGCGCUUGGAUGAAUAUCGAAAAUCCAUAACAGUCAUCAAGAAGCGAGUUCGACGCUUGGUUCCCGAAAAGAUUUAUAAUUACAAUAACGCUUCAUCACACUAAAGUUUGUAGAUUGCAACAAAAAAUCACAAGCAAAUAUAUCUUUUGA